CGUGGCAUCGGUGCCGAAGUGGUCAAAGUGUUGCUGAAAAAGGACUGUCAUGUCAUCACUGGCUCGUCGUCCAAAAGCGAGUCCGAGCGCCAGAAACGACACGAUCUACUGGUGGCUGACAUACCCGAAGGCAAAGGAAAGCUCGAUAUCUGGCACCUGGAUCUCAAAUCUCUGGAUUCUGUGACCCAUUUCGCAAAACGAUUUAAAGAGACAGGACUUCCACUCAACUAUUUUAUAGCCAACGCCGGGGUUAUGUUGGAGUCAAACCAGCAGAAAUCGCUUACGGAUGACUUGGAGGAGCAUUUGGUCGUCAACUACUUGAGCCACUGUUUGCUUAUCGACCAUUUCUUGGACAAUAUGCGCGAAUCGGGAAAACAGUCUAAACGCGAAUCGCGUAUAGUAUUGGUGUCAUCCAUAGCUCAUAGGAUGGCAAACAUUAGAUUGAAAGACAUAAAUCUGAAGAGCAAAUUAUUACCGCCAUACUUUGCUUACGGACGCUCCAAAUUGGCUCUAAUCAUGUUUGCUAACCGUAUGGCCCGUUGGUUUAUGUGA